CCGGACUGGAACCGACGACCACCGAAUUUCUGGCGCGAUGCUCUACCAGCUGAGCUACUAGUAGUUCAUUUUUUUUCGAUCUAAACAUACAGUGGGCACACUAAAGGUUAUGCACUUUGCAUGUUAUCAGCCACGACUUUCAGUUAUAUGCAAAGUAAUGCUGUACAUUUUGAAAGUCGAAUGAUAAAGAUGGUGCUAUGAAAUAAAUAUCUAUAAAUCAAAUGCACUUCCUUGUAUUUACUCACCGUUUUGUAGGUUUUAAGGUGUUACUAGUUUAGCCUACCUAACUACUGUUUUGUGUUUCAGUGGACUUUAAACGUACACAGACAUUUUGUGUGAUGCAUAAAUAGGAAAAUGUUGCAUAUUCGCAAACAUGUUUCUUCUGAUCGGUUUGAAGAGCGAGCGAUCGGUGUAAUGCACACCAUAGCAUAAUGAUACCUUUCUAAUGGGUUGCUUACAGGUAACAAAAUGCUCUAAAGACAUAGCUUUCUGGAAUUUACGCAGUGUAUAAUACUAUAAAAAAGUGUUUUAUCACUUUGUGUACCAAAAAUCACUCUAUUUUUAAUUUUCAAAGAAACACUGGAUUAAUUUUUAGUAGCUAAUUAACUUCAUGGUCAUUACUAAGUAAAUAUCGAAAUGCUGGUGUGUAGUAACUUAGUUCUUUCCAUUUUAUUACUUGCGUUUUCGUGAUCUAUACUAAGUCUGUAUGUGUGAAAUUCUCUACACAUGUAUACAUUUAAUAAUCGGCUCACGUUUCCUGAGUUGCCUUUUUGUACCGCAUUCUUUGUGCUAGUAUUGUAUCUAAAGUCAAGCAUAUCCUGUCUUAUGUAUUAUUAAGUGCGUUGACCAGGUUAAUCAAAGGGUGUCUGAUGCACUUCUUUUGGAAAUUAGGAAAAAUCACAUUGCUAGCUGUCUGAGAUGUGUGCCCUAGUACUUACGUUUGCUUAUGAUUAUCCUUGUAUUCUUAUCAGUGCACUGAAAAAUACCUCUGUUACGUCUAUUCUGUCUAGUGAUUCUUAUUUCAGUGAUGUCAUUUCAAGCUUCUCCUUGUAGAUCAAUUGAAUGGAUCCUAAACUUGAUGCAGCUAUAGAAGAAUGGGUGAAAUAUGAUAAGAAUGAAACCACUUGUUCACAGAUUAAGUUAAAGAAGGAAAAGAAACAAUGGGAUGAGUUGAGAAAGUUAUUACUGGAAAGAAUGGCUUUCGGAACUGCCGGCUUACGUGCAAAAAUGGGUCCAGGAUAUUCACAGAUGAAUGAUUUAACUAUUAUACAAACUACUCAAGGUUUACUUAAAUACGCGUCGAUCGUGUUCCCAAAUCUCAAGUCCGAUGGGAUUACAGUUGGUUAUGAUGCUCGCCAUAACAGCAGAAGAUGGGCAUACAUUGUUGCCAACAUAUUUCUCAAUGCUGACUGUAAAGUCUACUUGUUCAAAGAUCCAUUCCCAACUCCUAUGGUGGCGUUUGGUGUUAAACAUUUCAAGACUGCCUUAGGUGUUAUGGUGACUGCAUCACACAAUCCAAAGAAUGACAAUGGUUACAAAGUUUACUGGUCAAAUGGGUGUCAGAUAAUCAGUCCUCAUGACAAAGGUAUAUCAGAGUGUAUCAUUCAAAGUUUAACUCCUCUGGAGUCUUCAUGGGAUGUGCAAUCUGUUGAGACCAAUGCUUUGUGUCUAGAUCCAAUGCCUGACCUUAUGGAAACGUACUGUAAAUUACAAAAGGCCAAAUUAUGUUUUACAGAACAGGAGAAUAAAAAUUGUCAGGUGCCUUUUGUGUACACACCUAUGCACGGUGUUGGUUGGGAAGCAGUCAAAGCUUUGGUUUCAUCUUUUGGAUUUCCACCGCUGGAACCAGUCCCAGAACAGAUAACCCCUGACCCAGAUUUUCCAACUGUCGACUAUCCUAAUCCAGAAGAAGGUCCUUCUGCACUAAAUUUAGCUAUUAAACAUGCGGAAUCUGUAAACAGCGCAAUUAUUUUUGCUAAUGAUCCAGACGCUGAUAGACUAGCAGUUGCGGAAAAACAAUCAUCAGGUCGGUGGAAAAUUUUCACUGGUAAUGAACUUGGAGCUUUGUUUGGUUGGUGGCUGUCUAUGCACUGGCAAGAACGUAAUUCGAAAGGAAACAACUCUAAUGCUGUCAUGUUGUCCAGUACUGUUUCUUCGAAAAUAUUGCAAGCUAUUGCCAAACGUGAAGGAUUUCGUUUUGAAGAAACUUUGACUGGUUUAAAUGUUUUCGCUUUCGAAGAAGCUAUAGGUUUUAUGUGUGGUGAUGUUGUCUGGGAUAAAGAUGGUGUUGGAGCUCUAGCAGUUAUGGCUGAAUUAGCUGCCCAUGUUGGUCGUGAAGGGAAACUUUUAUCUGAACAAUUGAUGGAGAUUUACAAUAAGUAUGGUCAACAUAUUAGUAAUAAUGGCUAUUACUUUUGUCAUGAACCAGAGAAAAUUGUAAAGAUGUUCGAUCGUAUUCGUCAUUGGUCAAAUAAGCCUGGUCCUAAAGGUUAUCCUCAAAAAGUUGGACGAUUUCAGAUAAAUGGGAUACGUGAUUUAACAAUUGGCUAUGAUGAUCAUUUUCCAGAUUUUAAACCAGUGUUGCCCGUCAGUAAAUCAAGUCAAUUAAUUACUUUUGAUUUCGUGAAUGGUGUGACAUUAACACUUCGUACAAGUGGAACUGAACCAAAAAUUAAAUAUUAUUCUGAAUUAGUAUCGAAACCUGAAAGCAAGACACCUGUUCAAUCUUUAGUAGCUGAACUCCAGGAACUUGUGGAAAAAAUGAUUGAAGAAUUUUAUCAACCGGAGAAAAAUGGCUUCUUACCUCGAGUAGAUUAA